AUGGAGGGCCUCAACAAUGGCGACACCGCAUGGAUGGCCAUGUCCUGUGCGCUGGUUCUCUUCAUGACACCCGGGCUAGCCUUCUUCUAUGGAGGUUUAGUCCGCGACAGCAACAUCGUGAACACCAUGAUGAUGUUGCUCGGCAUGUUUGCCGACAGCCAAGAAGCAACAGCAGCCCAACGCUUGAGAAAGAUCUGCGAACAGUCCAUCAUCUCGAUGGGACUCACGACCAUCACGUGGCUGGUGUUAGGCUUCAGCUGGUCCUUCGACGAGUGGGGUGCAGGCAAGGGCUUCACGUACGUCGGCUUCCGUCAUCUGGACAAGGUCUGGCCCGACACCACCAUGCCAGGCCUAGGAGUUCUGGGCAAGCUUAACCUUCGCCGUCUUCCAGAUGACCUUCGCUACUCGGUUGGAUACGGGCAUCAGGAGGCCAUCAUUGCUGCGGCGAUCAUUUCGGGCGCUGUGGUGGAGCGCAUUCGGUUUUCGGCGUAUGCCAUUUUCAUCGUCGUCUGGGUCCUUGCGGUGUACGUGCCCCUGUGCCACUGGAUCUGGGGCGGCGGCUGGAUCGCCGAGAUGGGCGCCAAGGACUUUGCUGGCGGCACAGUGGUCCACAUCAGCUCGGGUACUUCAGCCUUUGCGCUCGCGUCGCUUCUGGGUGAGCGCAAGCACCGAGCGGAGUCCUUUCCCAGCAACCUGCCCUUCGUCAUUUUGGGCGGCGGCAUCCUGUGGCUUGGAUGGACCGGCUUCAACGGCGGAUCCGCCUUCGCCGCCAACGGAGACUGCGCCUUGGCUGUGGCAACCACGUACAUCGCGGCGGCUGCGGCCAUGAUCACUUGGAUCACGGUGGAGCGCAUCCUGGACGGGGCCCCCACGUCCGUCGGUGCCAUGUCCGGCGCGGUGGCGGGACUUGUGAACAUCACCCCGUGCGCCGGCUUCGUGGAGCCUCUGGGUGCUCUGGGGGUUGGGGCUAUUGGUGCCCUGUGCUGCAUCUUCGCCGCUCGUGGGCUGAAGAGGCUGAACCUCGUGGACGACUCGCUGGACUGCUUCAGCCUCCACGGAGUCGGAGGCUUUGCGGGCGCCAUCCUUGGCGGCUUCUUCGAUUCUGGGGAUGGCUUGAUCUACGGCAACGAUGGAAUGCUGCUGGUGAAGAACCUCGCCGGCGCCGCUUUCGGCGUUGUCUACUCCGCAGCCAUCACGGCGGUGAUCUUCUUCCUCAUGCGCCUCGUGAUGCGCAUGAGGGUCAGCGAGGAGCAGGAGCUGGAAGGUGUGGAUCUCCACUGCCACUCCGAGGUUGCCUACGGCAAGAACGAGAACUCGGGCAAGCCCAACGCUUUCGGCGAGCACUCCCAGCGCUUCAAGCCCGAGGAGGCCCCGACGCUUCUGACAAGUGCCCCAGCCGCGGCUGCCACAGAGAAGCCCACUGCCACGGAGGUCUGA